AUCCUCCCAGCCCUACGCUUGGAAUUCCUUUUCCCGCCCCCGUGCGUUAUUCCAGGGGUUCACCCUCCUCCCGAAAUGCUGAUCAGGGAAUGCCCCCUGCUCUCCCCGCUCCCUCUGCCCGAUCCCGCGGAGCUCACGGAUGCACUGGAGCGUGGGGUGUGUCCACGCGGGCCGGGCGGAGCCGUCCCGCAGGAUGCACUGGAUGAGGUUGGAAGUGCCGGCUUUCCUCUUGUAGCCCGGGUCGCAGGAGUAGCGCAGGAGCGAGUGCAGCCCCGUGCUGUUCCCAGCCUCGAUGUGCGCGUUGGCCACGGCCUUGGGGCGGCUGCAUCGCGCUGGAGAGGGAUGGAAAACGCCUGGAAUCGCAGCCGGGACACCGGGAAACCGCCGGGAACGUCCCUGGGAGCGGCCGAGCCCGGGCGGGAGCGACCCGGGAGAGCGGAACGUCCGUGCCCGUGCCUGGAGCUGGGCGGGCUCUGUGGUCCCUCCCAACCCAAACCGCGCCGCGAUUCCAUGAAAUCCUGGCUAGGGGGUGGAUACAGAGAUUGGAUGCUACCCCCAGGGCUGGGAGAGCCUCAUCCAGCCUCCGGAAAUAAUCCGGGAUGGCUGUGCCUGGACGCAGGAAUUAGAAAGGGAAAACUGUCCCUGGCAUCCUUGUGGUCACCUGGAGCAGCUCCUCCAGGGAAUGGGAAAGGGAAAACUGUUUCCAGCAUUUCUGCGGUCACCUGGAGCAGCUCCUCCAGGGAAUGGGAAAGGGAAAACUCAGCUUUUGGAAUCUUUGUGGUCACUUGGAGCAGCUCCUCCAUCCACCAAAGACUUUGUGGAAUUCCAUCCCCGUUUCAGACCAUUCCAGGACAGCGGCCCCGGCUCCAUCCGGCCCCGAGCUGCUGCAUUUCACCACCCCUGCUUCCUGCCUUCGUUUUCCAGCUGGACAUGAAAAAUUCCAGACACUACACGAGUCCUCCAGCCUGUUCCCAGGGGUUUUCCCCCACUCUAGAGGCUUCAGCUGGAAUCCAGCAUCCCGGGAUUGGGGGUUAUGGCUUUGCCUGAGGCUGAUUUCCCAGCAGGCUGCUGGGAGGAAGUUUCCCAGUUGCUCCAAGGUUGUGCCAGCACAUUCCCUGCUGGAGCUCCCUUGGGAAUGGCUCAUCCCUGGCUGCUGGAGGCGCCUGUAUCCCGAUGGGAGAGAGAUCCCAAACGCUGCCGCUGAGGAGGAGCUGAUUCUGGCCGCUGGAAUUCCAGGAUGUUGGGAAGCAAAGCACUGGGAACAAGGCCAGGAGGGCCCGGACGUGGAGGUGCUGCCCUGGGAUGUCGUUCCACGUCCGUGGGGAUGUCCCGGGGAAUCCACGCUGGGAAAACCUGACUGAGCCCCUUGGAAAGCCGUCACCAAAAAAAAGGCUGGGAAAAGAGGAAUUUCGGAGGUCUGGCCCCAGCACUGGAGAGUUCAUGAGAAACGCCACAAUCAUGGAGAGAAACCAAACUGUACCGUGUUUCAACAGAAAAAUGGUUACAGUGUUUUUAUAAAUAUUUUUGGAAAGCAGGAGAGGACGGGACUGUGGGAUGCAGCAGCACAUCCCAAAUUAUCCAGCACCUCAACUGGAAGCCAUAAACACCAAAUUCCUGUUCUCCAGCUCCCCCUAAAACCACGUCUUCUGCCCCAAGCGGGUCCUCAGUGCACCAGCACUGCCAGGAAUGUUGUCCCAAGGGCCGGGAUUGGUGCUCAGGGGGCAUUGGCCCCAGGGAAGGAUAUUUUUAGUGGCUGUUCCCAGCACUGGCAGCUCUUCCCACUUAUUUUUGGAUGUUCCUCAGCCCUCGCCGCUCCCGUCACCUCGUUAUUGAUAGGGAUAAAUUCAUUUUCCAGGGCUUUGGCAGCAGAUGGGAGCCUGCAGAGGAGGCAGCCCUGAACUGUCCCGAGGCUCUGUGCUCCCUUCCAGCUGGAUUUCCACACAAAUCCUUCCCACUCCCUGCAUUUUCCAUCUCUUAAAUGUUUCCUGACGGUCCUGGGGCUGCCGGAGGCUGCUGGGGGUUCUUGGAAUCGCUGCUCAAGGAUGGGACUUUUCCCACAGCUGCUGCGUGCAGGGAAGGGGCUGGAGAACUCCUGAGGGAGCAGUGCCGGGUUAACCAUUGGACUCCACGGCCUUAAAAGUCCUUUCCAGCUCAGUGCUCCAGGGAUCCCAUCAUUUGGUGCUCUGGGAGAGGCCAGAGGUGAUGGGACACUCCCAGUCCAGCAGCCACGGACAGGGCACAUCCCACGGGAAACCCACAGAGCCCACCCGGGGUGAAAUCCCACAGGAAUACAGCUCCCAUAGGAUACAGCUCCCAUGGGAUACAGCUCCAAUGGGAUACAGCUCCCACUGGGAUACAGCUCCCACGGGAUACAGCUCCUACAGGAUACAGCUCCCAUAGGAUACAGCUCCCAUGGGAUACAGCUCCAAUGGGAUACAGCUCCAAUGGGAUACAGCUCCCACAGGGAUACAGCUCUAAUGGGAUACAGCUCCCACGGAUCCACCGCCUACACCCCCCCAGCUUCCCUGGACAUGGAGAGAGGAGGGUCGGGAAUGCAGCAGGGAGGGCACCGAGAGCUGCCAGGGGAACACGGGGGGGGCACCCCGAGCUGCAACUGCGGCACCCAGGGAGCCCUUUGGGCCUCCGGGGAACAGGGUGGGCACCCCAGGGAGGGGCAGGGACACCCCCAGGGGAGCUGGGCUGUCCCACGGAGGGGCAGGGACACCCCCAGGGGAGCUGGGCUGUCCAGGGAGCAGCCUGGGAACCCAAGGAAGCGGAGUGGGCACCCCAGGGAUGGCGUGGGCACCCUGGGAGGGAGGAUGGGCACCCUGGGAGGGAGGAUGGGCACUCACAGUGGGAGCUGGAGUAGCCCAGAGAGUGGCCUGGGCACCCUGGGAAGCAGAGCUAGCUUCCCCAGGGAGCAGAGCAGGAACCCUGGGAAGUGGCCUGGGCAUCCCAGGAAGCAGAGUGGGCACCCCAGGGAUGGUGUGGGCACCCCAGGGAUGGCCUGGGCACCCUCAGGAACAGUGUUGGCACCCCAAGUGGGGGCUCAGGGAGCCCAGGGAAUGGCGUGGGUACCCCAGGAAGCAGAGUAGGCUCCUCACGGAGCGGGGCAGGCAUUCCAGGGAGCACUGUGGGCAUCCCAGGAAAAGGAGUGGGCACCCCAGGGACAGAAUGGGCACCCCAGGGGUAGUGUGGGCACCCCCCAGAAUAGCGUGGGCACCCCAGGGAGUAGUGUGGAUACCCCAGGAUGAGGAGCAGAGCCGGCAGUAGCCUGGGCAUCCCAGGAAAGGAUUGGGCACCCCGGGAAGGAGUGGACACCCGGGGAAGGAGUGAGCACCCGGGGAAGGAUUGGGCACCCGGGGAAG